GGAGGACCCCCCUGACUGUCUUAAACUCAGUGGAGAUUUUCUCAGGAAAACAAUAAAAAAAGAUAUUCAGGGAAAAAAGAAAAAGAAAAAAAAAAGAGAAACCUUUAUCACAUCAAUGUACGUAAGAAUUGCUUGUCUAGAAGAUAAGAAAAUGGAAAAAAGAGAGGAAAUUUUACCGUUACAGAAACCCACGUGGCAUCCAUUCCCCAGCCACCUGUCUUCUUCAGUCCUCCUCCUUGGAUUCUCGCCUUCACACCCACCCCUUCUUUUCUUCCUCCUUUUGCUUCCAAAACUCCCCCAACCCAAUUAUACUACUGUUUGUAUUCUAUUUUUGUUCGUUUCCGAUUCCUUCCAUUCAUCCAUGCAAUUAAUUCCUCACAUUCUGAAUCCCCGAAUUCUGAUUUUUUCACCGCUGCCGUUUCAAUCGCCUUCAUUAAUAUCUCGUGAUCACAGAUUGUCGUUACUGAAAACAGUUGUGGUAAUUGGUAAACGGAGCAGCCCCUUUUAUCUGUAAAAAAAUCUGUACAUUUUUUUAGGUGCUAUGCUGUCCUAGAAGUCGAGCAAUGACGUCACUUCCCGGCGGAUUUCCCGGUAUUACUGUUGUUGUUGUUAUAAUUCAAUGUGCUCUGUUUCUCUCCUUGUUGAACAAUGUUUUAGCGGUGGAAUUUGAUUUCGGCGCCCUGACAUUAACAAGCCUGAAGUUGAUCGGAGAUGCGCACGUGUACAAUCAGACCGUGAGGCUAACUCGUGACCUCACCGUUCCCAACUCCGGCGCCGGGAAAGUUCUGUACUCGAAGCCAGUCAAGCUGCUCCAGCCGGGAACUCAGAAGCCGGCAAAUUUCUCCACAUUCUUCUCAUUCUCGGUGACUAAUUUGAACCCGUCCUCCAUCGGUGGCGGUUUAGCAUUCGUCAUCACGCCGGAUGAUGCGUCAUUGGGUGACGCCGGGGGAUAUUUGGGGAUCGUUGACUCAAAGGGCACACAAACCGGCGUCGUCGCGGUUGAAUUUGACACUCUGAUGGACGUUGAGUUCAGGGAUAUUAACGGAAACCAUGUGGGAUUGGAUCUGAAUUCAAUGGUAUCAAAUCAAGUCGGCGAUUUGGACGCCGUAGAAGUUAAUCUAAAAAGCGGUGAUUUAGUUAACUCGUGGAUUGAUUACUCCGGUACAACCCGCACUCUCGAUGUGUAUGUAUCCUACUCAAAUCAGAAACCAAAAGAGCCAAUUAUAUCAACAAAGCUCAAUCUUGAUGAGUAUGUGAAGGAAGACAUGUAUGUUGGGUUCAGUGGGUCGACUCAGGGGAGCACUGAAAUUCAUUGCAUUGAAUGGUGGAGCUUCAGUUCUUCAUUGGAACCAAUUCCCAAGUCCAAUUCAGCGUCAGCAGUGUCAUCACCCCCGCCGCCGCCGCCGCCAUCGCCAACAGCUGGUUUUAUGAAUCCCGGCGGCGCCGACAAUGUCAGUUCCACCGCUCCACCUCCGGCUGGUAAUGAUAACCUCAACGAUACAACCUCAACAAUACACGAGAGCAAUAGCAAGUGUCAUAACCAGUUCUGUAGACAGGGCCCAGGCGCCGUCGUUGGGGUGGUUACUGCUGGCGCCUUCUUUCUAGCCUUGUGUGCUCUGCUUUUAAUAUGGGUUUAUUCCAAGAAGUUCAAACAUUCCAAAAAUUCCGAGAAUUUGGCCCAGGAUAUCAUCAAAAUGCCCAAGGAAUUCAGCUACAAGGAGCUUAAAUUAGCGACAAAGGGUUUCGAUUCGGCGAGAAUCAUCGGACACGGUGCAUUUGGAACCGUGUACAAGGGCAUAUUGCCGGACAACGGCGACAUUGUUGCGGUGAAGAGAUGCAGUCACAGUGGACAGGGGAAAGCAGAGUUCUUGUCUGAAUUGUCCAUAAUUGGGACCCUCCGGCACCGGAAUCUGGUUAGGCUUCAGGGAUGGUGCCAUGAAAAGGGUGAAAUUUUGUUAAUUUAUGACUUGAUGCCUAAUGGCAGCCUGGAUAAGGUAUUAUUCGAGUCCAGAAUGGUAUUGGCGUGGCAUCAUCGGCGGAAAAUUUUGUUAGGCGUGGCUUCUGCUUUGGCUUAUUUACAUCAAGAGUGCGAAAACCAAGUAAUUCACAGAGACAUUAAGAGUAGUAAUAUCAUGUUAGAUGAAGCAUUCAAUGCGAGGUUAGGAGAUUUUGGGUUAGCUAGGCAAGUUGAACAUGAUAAGUCCCCUGACGCCACCGUCGCCGCCGGUACAAUGGGUUACUUGGCUCCGGAGUAUUUAUUAACCGGUAGAGCCACUGAGAAAACCGACGUUUUUAGCUACGGAGCGGUGGUUCUUGAGGUGGCAAGCGGGCGGAGGCCGAUCGAGAAGGAAGUCACCGGAGUAGGGAAAGUCGGAGUGAACAGUAAUCUGGUGGAAUGGGUUUGGAGUUUGCACCGGGAAGGGCGGUUGUUGUCGGCCGCCGACCCGAGGCUGUGUGGGGAGUUCGAGGAACCGGAUAUGAGGCGGGUUCUGUUAGUCGGGUUGGCUUGCUCGCAUCCGGAUCCACUGGCUAGGCCGACAAUGAGGGGUGUGGUACAAAUGCUGGUGGGUGAAGCUGAGAUUCCAUUGGUGCCAAGAGCAAAGCCGGCAUUGAGUUUCAGCACUUCUCAUCUUUUGCUCAACUUGCAAGACAGCGUUUCCGAUUUGAAUGGUAUGAUCACCCUCUCCACUUCCUCAUCGGAACGGACCUUUACCGGUGUUGGUGGUUUCGACGGCGACGCCCAUAGUUUGGUUUAAUUAAUUAAUUAUAUACAUAUUGCCGCUAUAGUAAUUUAUUCAUUUGUUUAAUAAUAGUAUAUUAUUCGAUUAGAAGUGGUAAUAAUUAAGAAUAAUAUAAUGUUGUCCAGAUGGACCAUAAUAUUGUUAGCUAGCUGUGUAUAAUUAGGGAUACAGUUUUCUUGUCUUGCUUUAACGUUCUUCUAUUUGCAAUUGGUUAAAACUUGUGCUGGUUGCUAAGAGGCCUAAAGUUAAGGGCAAAAGAUGUGCAAGUGCAAUGGAGGUCGUUUUCUUGGUUUUGGACUUUUGGGACAUAGGGA